UUAUAUCAUUGUGUGGCCAUCGCUUGAGUGUAUUGGUCGCCAGUCGCGACGGCCAUAAAGUUAACAUAAACAACCAGUAUUGAAUAACUUAAACCAGUUUCAACCAUGAACGAGAAAACUACUAUGUUGGAGACCGAGACGAAGGACGUGGAAAACGCACAGAAGCCUGCUGUAGAUCCGCUGACGAAAGCGAUCGGAGCGAUCGGCAAAUGGCAAAUAUGGAUCUGCUUUAUCGUGUUCCUGGUGAAAUUCCCCGUGGCCUGGCAUCAGAUGAGCAUCAUUUUCCUCGCUCCACCAAUGAACUUCACCUGCGGAACCAGUGACGUGUUUGACAACCAGUGCCAUGGCAACUGCUCCGACUACAAGUUCGACCACAGCGUCUUCAAAGAAACCAUUGUGUCGCAAUGGGACCUGGUCUGCGAUCGACACUGGAUGAAGAACCUGACACAGACGAUAUUCAUGCUGGGCAUACUCGUCGGCAAUAUGAUGUUUGGACAUCUUUCUGACAGGUUCGGGCGCCGUUUGCCUUUUCUAUCAGCAGUAUUCCUUCAACUGAUAGCCGGUGUGACCACAGCGUACUCAGUCAAUUGGUACAUGUUCACGACCCUCCGGUUCUUACUGGCCGUGGCAACCGGAGGCACUAUGGUCACCAGCUUCGUUUUGACCAUGGAACUGAUCGGGACAAAGUAUAGAGACACCGUCGGGAUCCUCUACCAGAUACCCUUCAACUUGGGACAUCUCACUUUACCAGUUUUCGGAUACUUCCUGAGAAGCUGGGAUAAAUUCCAGCUGGCUAUAUCCCUCCCGUCGAUAUUGUUCCUAAGCUACUACUACUUGCUCCCAGAAUCACCAAGGUGGAUGAUUACCGCCGGCAGAUCAGAGCAAGCCGUUAAGAUUUUGAAAAAAGCUGCCCUAAUGAACGGGCGGCCAACGGAGGGCAUAUCGUCGUCGAUUCAGAAACUGGUAGUGGAGAUGAACUGGCAGACGCAUGAGCGUGCAUCGGUAUUGGACCUGUUCCGAACGCCCAAGCUGCGCGUGCGCACCAUCGCCAUAUGUUUCAACUGGUUCGUCUGCGGAUUCUGCUUCUUCGGCGUAUCGCAAUACAUCGGCCAUGUCUCCGGCAACAUAUUCUCUAACGUCGCAAUAUCGGCCGCCAUACUGGUUCCGGGUACAGUUAUAUCGAUCUACGCAAACCAGUUUCUUGGGCGCAAGGUGACUCUGAUAUCGUCGAACUGCCUCACUGGCCUGAGCUGCCUCCUCAUCAUAUUCGUUCAAUCCAGCGUUGGACAUCUAACCCUGGGAUGUGUAGGACUGUUCGGUAUGAGUAUAUCCUUCGCCACAGUGUAUUUGUACGCUGGGGAACUAUUCCCAACUGUCGUCAGAAAUACCGGCGUAGGACUGUCGUCGACUCUUGCGAGAGUAGGAUCUAUGGUCGCGCCUUUCGUAGCCACUCUCGGGCAUAACAUUCCGUGGCUUCCCCCCAUAAUGUUCGGUUGUGUACCCCUAGUGGGUUCCUGCCUUUGUAUAUUCUUACCGGAUACCAGAGGAAAGAAAUUACCCGAUACGUUAGAAGAGGGAGAGGCUUGAGAAAGAUAUAUUACUCUCGGAGUACAAUUAAGUAUUUAAACAAAAUGUAAUUUUAUGUAGUAAUUAUACAAAUGAGUCGUGAGUCAUGACUAUCUGGAAAAUUUCGCAGUCGUAAUAAAAUAUAAUAAUAAUAUAUUUUAAAGACUUGGCCCGUGUUUAACAGUGCCACCAGAUUAGUCAAAGUUAUUAUAGUUGAAUCUCGUUAACUGCAAUCUGCAUAAGCAAUUGCGUUGUAUUCUGACUAGUAUGUAUGUAGACUACUUGACUAGACGUACUAAAAUGUCGUGUCUAGUAGAUAUGAUUUGACAUUUGUAGAACAAUUACGCACUUGGUAGAUAUAUUUUUGGGAGCUUUGACUAUGUGAUGUAUGACUUAUGAGUAGCAUGUUUAUCAUUUCUGGUAUCAAAAAUGAAAUUAUUUAAAUUAAUGUAAAUAUUAUAUAUAUGGACACAGGCACCGUCAUUUUAUCUGAAAUGCAGAAGUAUUUUAGUACCAAUUUAAAUUAUGUAGUGCCUGUACAAAAUUGUGGUCACGUUAAAUAUCAUUAUAUUGUAUACUUAGUAGAUA